AUGGCUGCCCGCCCGCGUCUUGAUGACCCGGCGGCGCUCACGGCCCUGCUGGAACAGCUUGCUGCUUCUGCGGCCGUGCGUUCAGCCCUGGCGGCGAAGGGGUACUCUUCUCUUAGUUCUUUGGCCUACGCUCUUGCGGAUCCCUCUGAUCCCGACGAGGUCAAGGUCUUCAUCCGCACGCUGCUCGGUCUGUCUGACGACACCGCCGCAGCGGGUCUCGUGUCUGCAGACGCGGCCUGUGUCCGUCGCCUGCUGUCCGAGGCUGCUCUGGCGGCACCCCCUCGUGUCACCCCGGGACUUUCCACUCUGGGUCUGCCGGUGCCGCCUGCCUCGUCUUCCGUGUCUGCCAAGCUCCAGCCCACAGACUUCACACAUUUGAAGAAGGACUUCAUGUUCCUGUCUCUGCUGAAGCAGCACAGUGACUCUGCCGCUUCCCUCUGGGUCCCGUGGCGCUUGCGCACGUGCCUGGCUGAUGCCGCCCGCUGGGAAGAGACGCGCAAACCUCGCAAUGACCGCUCCUUCAUCCGUCAGCUGCUGGAUGAUGUACCUGAGCCCCCUGGCCCGACGGUCCCGGUUAACAUGCAGGGUCAUCCGGAGCCGGUCCUGCGUCGUGCACUGUCUCUGCUGGCCACCGCGUUAGCCAUGUUAGAUCUCGUGCACCUUGCCACCAUAAAACAAUUUCACGAAAAAUUUCUGUUUCUGGCUCUGGCGGGUCCCCUCGAUCAGGCACUUCGCUCUCCCACCCUUCAGGAGAUUCUCCACGCGGACAGGGCGGUCUGGUCCUCCGUCUACGAGCUCACGAGUGAUCAUGGCUGGAGCCUCCCCGAUGCACUGAGCGAAAUCGCUUUCUGUCGCGGUGAAAUGUCGAAUCUACUCCAGCCCCGUCCACGUCCACCGCGCAUUCCGCCUCCGCCCUCCGCCGACGGUAAACCUGGUAAGGGCCUGGGCAGGAAGCGUCAACUGACCGACGACUCGUCCGGUCACGAUUCCGCUGCGGCUAAAGCCAAGGCUAAAGCAGCAGCGGCCAAGGCCAAGACUGCUGCCAAUCCGCCUCCGAAGGGCUGGGACCCGUCCUGGUGCAAGACCAUCGGGGAGAAAGAGGCCUGCGUGCGUUUCGCAGUCGGCUUUGUGCAUGGCUGCCCGGCGCUCGGGAAGGCUUGCUUUGAACCUGUCGACAAGCUGGCUGCGUCGGCAGCGGACUUGCUGGAUGUCCCGCUUGCGUCCUGGUGGUCCUUCUCCGGCGGUCUCAUCUGGGUUGAGAAUCCCUCCUCCUCCCUGCUGUGGUUGGAUCCGGACGUUGUUUCAUGGCUCCGGCUGUUCUGCCGCCACGUGUCCGGAAAGCGCUUGGCGGAUGGAUCCUUUGCCACUCGCCUUUCUGCAUGCUACCCUCCGUCUUUGGCUGCAACCCUGGCAUGCAUGGCGGCUCCUUUCCUUUCGGAUGCCUUGCCGCAGCAGCCCUACCCCCUUGCGACUUGGCUGCAGCUGUUGCCGUGUCGCUUUACUUGGCCUGCUCGGUCCCACAGGGUUGAGGACGGUGCUGGUACUUGCAGUACUGCCUCCCCGAGGCCAGUUUCCUCUGACCCGCUGUCCUCUCUGAGGGCAGCCUGGACCAAACGACUGCUUGCGUCCGGUCUUGCCCAACGCAUUGCUGCUUCCCUGAACUCCGGGUCUAAGUCUCCUCCAUUGUCUGAGGCUGAGGUUGCUCCUUUUCUGGAUGACCUCCGUUCCUUCCUGCAUGUGGAGGACGACACUAUCUGGAAACGUCUGCUUCUGGUCCAAGAAGGUCAGCCGUUUCGGCUCAAUCUCUGGCACUGUCUCUCGCUGGUUUGUGCAGACCCGGAUUCGGGAUACUUUGAUCUUCUCCGCUCUGGCGUCCCUUUAGGCGUGCCAGAGCCUAUUCCCCCGUGUCCGGUUAUGCAUCCUCCUCCUUCCCCUGACGCCACGGUCAUCCCGCUUCGGCAUUGUGACUCUGCCUGGAAAUCUGCCCUUGAUCACGCAGAUGUGGUGGAUGAGUUGCUCGAAGCUGAGCUGGCCGAAGGUUGGAUCGCUCUGGUUCCGGGAGGGGAUGCCGAGCUGCGCCGUCGCUACAAUCGUACGGCGGUCGGCAAACUAGGAGUCGUGCUGGCUGAGGGACGUCCUCCGCGUCUGGUGGUCGACAGCUCUGUGUCUGGCGUCACGAGCAACACUGCUCUGCCCAACCGUUCUGCUAACCCCACUCUGUCGGACGUCUUCUUCUGUAUGCCUCUCUCCGAUUCCUCGGAACGGCUUGCCGCUUUGAUACUGGAUGUUGCUAAAGCGCAUCGCCGUAUUCUGAUUCGUGCGCUUGAUCGCGGCCUUCUUUGCUUCCGCCACCGUGGAAAGCUGUAUCAGUGUCUCACACUAAAUUUUGGAGCCCGCGUGUCAUCAUUUUACUGGGCCCGCGCCGCCGGUCUGUUACUCCGCCUGGUCCACCGCAUUGUCCGCGUCCGCCACUCGGCUCAGAUCUACGUUGACGACAUCCUGGCACUCUUGGAUGCCACAUCGGCCCCGCUUUGGGCCUCCUUAAUUGUCGUCCUUCUUCUGGUUCUGCGUGUGCCCAUGUCAUGGCACAAUGCGGUCUCUUGCCGCGGUGACCUUCCGCUGCAGGCCCCUGAUGCCCGUCGCAUCUGGCUUCAGUCUUCGUCUCCGCACACCGGGAUGUGUGUUCUCUCUGACUCUUCGCAGGAGGUGCUGAGACUCUGGUUGGAUCUCUGCCAGUCUGGCACGGCCGUUCGCUCCUUGCUGCGACCGCCCCUCUACGUCUGUGAAGCCUUUGCUGACGCCUGCGCCACUGAGCUCUCCGCGGGACUCGGCGGCUUCGUUCGUCUACCGGACGGGCGCCAACUAUUUUUUCGUCAAUCUUUUGACCGUCACGAGCUUCAUAGCUUCUUUUCCUGGUUCCCUGAGACCGCCUCUGCUCAGGCCUUUAUCGCCAGCUGGGAACUGCUGGCACAAUGCGCGCUGGUUGUCUUAUUGGACGUCCUGCUGGGACCAGGGCACCUGCCCGUGCACUGCGUCUUCAAAUGCGACAACUCUGCUGCCGAUGCAGCGAGCUGGAAGGGUCUGUCUAUGGCCAAGGGCCUUUGCUCUGUGCUCCGAUCGUUUCUGCUCUGCCAGCAGGCGCGUCGCAUUUCCGUCUACAUUGAUCACGUUCCGGGAUUGUCGAAUGACGUCGCAGACGCCUUAAGUCGCUCUGCUGACCCUGCGUCUCUGGGGUUCGAGAUGUCCCAGGAACAUUGCAUCUCUUGGGACCAGUUUCCGCCUUCUCCGGAUCUGUCCCUAUUCCCGUCUGCGGCGGACUUUUCUGGUUUCCUAUGCCCGGGUUUCCAUUGGUUUUCCAGCCAGAGAGAAUGCGGAUCGACACUGCAUCCGGCUCUGGUCCUGGUCCGAGUUCUGCUUCCCGACCAGGGCCACCCGAGCCCGGACUGCUUCACGCCACCGGACAAAAAGAAGCCGCAGCGCGACCUAGCCGAGCUUCAGCAGACAAUUGAGCAGGCGGCCCAGGAGUACGGCAACUUGGAAAGGGCAGGCGAAGCCCUCCGGGCCGAAGUGCAGGUGGGCCAUGUUGAGAAGCAGCAGAACUUGGCCAGCAUCCUCCAGUUACAGAGGACGGCUAAACGCCUGGACGAGUUAUCGAUGGGAACCGGCCCGCCUCCGCCGGCCAACAUUCAGCAGCAACACGAUGAGCAAUUGCAGUCUCUCGCCGUACAUCCAGUGCAUCUGAAUGCUGGAUUCGAGCAGGGCCUUGGCAAGGUAUUCUUGAUGAUGCGGCAGGUUGUCGGCAUCACAGGAACACGACAAACAUCACGAGCUCGGGCACGCUCUCCUGGUUCUGGCAGUGUCACGGUGGCUUCAGGUGGAAAAUCGCAGGGGCCAUCGCAGAAUACGGCAUAUGGCUUCCAAAGCCCUGCACAGCCGAGCCGACCGUCUGUGGGCGGCACCAGCUGUGGGUCGAGCAGUAUUCCUUUUGCCGCUCCUGGCAAUCGCGCUGUCAAUGUGACUCGGAGUAGCACCUCUGGUGCUGUGGCAGCUCCUGAGCCGAAAACUGCUCGGACCUCGCGGCUCAGUGUCGUGGUUCGGAAGCGGCCAAUGAACAAGAGGGAGGUGCAGACGGCACAGCAGGAUGUCGUGAUGUGCAGGGAAAGUGCCGUCAUAGUGCGGGAGCCGAAACUGAAGGUUGAUCUCACGCGCUAUGUGGAGGAGCACAACUUCCUCUUUGAUCAAGCCUUCGACGAGACGGUGACCAAUGAGUCGCUGUACAGGUCUUGUGUGCAGCCCAUCAUCGAUGCAGUCUUUCAUCGAGCCAAAUGCACUUGCUUUGCGUAUGGCCAGACAGGCAGCGGCAAGACCUUCACAAUGAUGGGCCCUCCCAAGCGCUUGGUCGAGAACCUUGCCCCGGAAGAGCGAACUCCCGGGAUUUUCCUACUUGCAUCCCAGGACAUCUUCAGAUCGGUUGCGAGCAAGGACUACUCACACCUUGGAGUUUUCAUCGCUUUCUAUGAAAUCUACUGCGGCAAGCUUUUCGAUCUCCUGAACAACAGGCAGAUCUUGCACGCCCGGGAGAAUGCCAAAGGCAACGUUGUCAUUGCUGGACUGCAGGAGCAUCCCGUGGGCAAUGUGCAGGAUCUGAUGGAGGUCAUCGAGUUCGGCCUCAACAGCCGGACAACGGGCGUCACCGGUGCCAACGUAGAUUCGUCCCGCUCCCAUGCCAUUCUGCAGAUCAGCUUGAAGGACUUGGAGUCCAAGGAGGAACACGGCAAGAUCUCCUUCAUUGACCUUGCGGGCAGUGAGCGUGGUGCAGACACCCUGGACACCGACCGACAGACGCGUAUGGACGGCGCCGAGAUCAACAAGUCCUUGCUUGCGCUCAAGGAGUGCAUCCGAGCCUUGGAUCAGCAGCUGGACCACACACCGUUUCGAGGCUCCAAAUUGACGCAGGUCUUGAAGGACUCUUUCGUUGGUGCGAACUGUCGGACGGUGAUGAUCGCGAAUGUCUCGCCGUGCAGUGGUGCUGUGGAGCACUCGCUCAACACGCUCAGGUAUGCGUACCGAGUGAAGGAGCUGCGAAGUGCACCAGCUCCUUCCAAGGUUGUAGCACCACCACCGGGUCCCGGUGCUGAUACUUCUCAGCAGCUCUGUGGAAUGCAGGGCGAUCUUCUGGUGGAUCGCUCGAGUGACAGCAGCGAGGACGAACUCCAGCCGCCGCAGCCAUCGCGGCCUGCGUUCAGCAACGAUGCCCAGGCUUCACCUGCGAGCCAGGGCAGCGGAUCCAGUUGGAACGGCACGCAGCGAUUGGCAACUUCUGCACAGGUGGCCAAUGCAGUUGCUGCGGCCAAUGCAGCCGCAGCUGCAGUACUGCCUUUGCAGCAGCAAAUUCAACAGAAGGAGCUUCACCAGCCACCUGCUGGACAGGCUACACCAUCACAGAAUUCCAACUGUCCGCCACAGCAACCAGCCCCACAGCACCCAUGCCACACACCACAGCACGCCCCACCCAACACACAUGUUCAACCAUCAUUUCAGCAGCCGCAAGCAGCGCAGCCAACGCAGCUGCCGCCACAGGUGCAAACGCAGUCCAUAGUGCAGGACCCUGUGGCAGCCGGCAUCCCUGACCAUUCCCAAGCAGCUUUGGACGAGUUGGCCCGACAACACGACCGGCUCAUAGGCACCAUCCUCGCAGAGGAGGAGGAGCUGCGGCCCCGCUAG